UGGGAGCUUUGAGGACCUGUUAGAAACCACGUGGCCCUCGUCUGAUCUCACAGCUCGUCCUUGUUUGGCCUCAGCUGCAUCAGAGCGCCACUUCUCCCCAGGUUCACCAGAGGAAACACCACUGCACAAAAUGCUUUUCCUCCCAGCUGCUGCUCUGUGCUGUCUGUGUUCAGCACUGGUUACCAUGGCAGCAGAACAGCUGAUUCAGGACGAUUUAACAUUGACCAGGAGAGUUGGAGAAAGUGUCUCCUUCAGCUGUGGAGGGAUUAAUAAGUGUGAUAGUGAAUAUAUACGUUGGUACCAGAAAAUAGAAACAUUCAAAAUUAUUCUGCGCAUUGAUACAAAAGAUUGUGGCAUUUAUUCAGAUUAUGCUCAUCCUCAGAAACAAGAUUUCUCAGCUGGCAACAAACAUAAUGGUUGUAAUCUAAAGUUAGAGAAAGUUAAACUCGAUCAUUCAGCCACCUACUACUGCUCCUGUUAUAAGUCUGCUCCCCACAGAGGAUGGUACUACAUCUUUGGCUCUGGAACUAAACUGUCUGUAACAGAUGAGCAGGUAGUGAAGCCCGUGGUGAGCGUGUACCCAGCAGCAUCCAGAGCCCACCUGGAGGGGAACAGCUCCCUGCUGUGUGUGGCCUCAGCCAUGUUUCCUCCUCUGGUCCAGUUCUCCUGGAAAAGACAGAAGAAGAACGGCGGAGAAGCGGAGGAGCUGCCCCCUGCUGAGGGAGAGCAGCUGGAGCUCAGAGAGUCGGGACGCACCAUUGCCAUCAGGAUGGUUGAUGGGAGUGAUUCUGACACAUAUAAAUACAGCUGCUGGGUGAAGCACGAGGGGGGCACAGUGGAGGCCCAAACACAACAAGAGGUUCCAGCUCCAGCAGCCUCCUGUCCUCCAGAGAGAGAGCCAGCAGACCUGCCAGCUCUGCAGCCAGCUGACUUGUCCUUCCAGUCUCAGUGCAGGGUGAAGCUGCUCUGCCUGCUGUACACAGUGCUGAUAGUGAAGAGUCUGGUGUACUGCUGUGGACUCUCUCUGCUGAUGAUCCUCACAAACAAGGGAGCGUCCACCAACUGCACACAUGCUGACUGACUGUUUUCUGCUCGCCUUUUCUCACCAUCAGAUUUCCUCGAGUCAGCAGUCAGAAAUAUAAAUUAAAUUC